GUUGAAUUGAUUAUUGCUUGUGAUGUUAAACUCAAAGCUGAUUAAAGAGCAAAGAGUGGAAAUAUUCAGAAGAUUAAAGAGCAAAUGCAAAAUUUAUUUGAGCCCCAAAAAUACAUAUUUACAUGAUUAAAAUUGGGAGAACAGAGAGAGAGAGAGAGAGAGAGAGAGAGAGAGAGAAUUUGAAUCAACAAUAUAGAGAGUGGAAUGAGGGAGAGGAGAAGAUAACUCACCCUCAACCAAGGCCAAGGCAAAAGCCCAUGGAGAUGCCUCCCGGCGCGUAACUAUUCGUGGGAAAAGUGAAACCGCGUUUUGUGAUUUGUCAAAAAAUAAAAAACAAAAAGGCGUCUUUCACCAAUAUAUUAUAUCCCCAUCCGCAUCCAAAGCGAGUAGGCAGCCACACGCCAAGGGAAAAGUUAUGGUGCAACGAGUUUCCCAAGUACGCCAUAGACAUGGCCACGUGACAAGUGUGCAAGCCACCACGUCGCAUGUCCCCAACACCACCACAGUCGCCGUCCAAUGUCACAGAGCUAGAGCUAAACAGUCUGACCUCAGGCUCACUCAGGCGAAAAUGGAGGCAUGGGUCCCACUAUUCGACAUUUUUCUCAACUCCCCGGCACCAGAAUUUGAAGCGUCUCUAUGGUUGAAACAAUCUUUCAGUACCUCCUCAUUGUCAUCAUCAUCAUCAUCAUCAUCAUCAUCAACCAACACUCCGAUUUCCACGGCCUCCUUCGUCUCCUUGUUAAUGAAGCCCUUGGACGCCAUUGCCGUCGACCACUCUUCUUCUUCUUCUUCUUCUUCUUCAUCUUCUUCUCCUCCUUGCACAAGGAGGGUUAUGUUUAUUCAGACUCUACCCACCAUGGUUCAGACGCGAAUUCUGUUUUUUCUUGCCACGGAGAGCCAGAGGUUUUGCGGGCACCAAUUAUGUGGGCUGGCCCGCUGUGUUUUGAGUGGCAGUCAGGAACUAGACUUUUGGGUUGACAGAGCCGCGCGCAAUCUGCUUGAUUCGGUGUCUGAAUCAAACUACGACUGGAUUUCUGGCUUGAGUUUGGAUUCUGGUGAGGAGAGAGAGGAGGACGAGUUUUACUCUCUUCCGGGUUUUCUUAAGGAUGAUGCAGCGGGUGCCAGUGAUUUGCUUCCAUGGCUUCCUAUUUCGCCAGGGGACUUGAAUUGGAGGGCAUCGUAUGAUAAUGAUUGUGGCAAUAAGGAUGAAACUUUCGGACAACGUAGAGAGGAGAUGGAACAAGAUACGGAUUAUGAAGUUGUGGAGGAUACCAUUGAGAUUGAUCACCCUAGAAAUGAUAAUCCUUUAGGAUUAGGACCUGACAUUCAGAACAAGGCACUCUGUCUAAAAGCUCGGCUUAUGAAUUUUGAAUCAACUUCCAAAACUGUUGGCCUAGCUAAUGAAAUUCGCCAACUUUGUGCGGGCAAAGGAGGAGAUGCUUUUGCAGUUUUGGGUCUGCUAGAACCUUGGCUUGUGGACGACGAGACUGCUUCAGUCCUAAUAUUGCAUCUCUCAAGCGGAAGCCAAGAGGGGCUUCUUACUUGGCCAAGCCAAGUUCUGUGCUCCAUUAUCCUUCCAAAGUUUUUAGUUCUUGAAGAACCGGUUUCCCGUGUGCUACUCACUGCAACAAUUGAGUACUGCAAGCUUCAUCAGAGGGCUGCUGUGUAUGCGCUCUUGCUUCCACUGAUUCUCCGCCGGGAUGGCAUCAACAACCCCAUUUGCGAUUUGAUCACGAGGAUUGUCAAGGAAUGCUUGCAUCCUGCCCAUACCUCUUCUUUCUGUCAGAAGCUUCUGUGUGGAGGAAAAGAUGAGAGGAGACCCAUUUGUCUGGCUUGCCAUCACUAUCUUUUAUCUGAUGAAAUGGUGUGGACAGAAUCAUUGUUUAACCUCUUCCAGAGCAUUUUGAAUCAUAAUGCAUGUUUAACCCAGGAUUCAGUUGAUCGUAUUGUCUAUCAGGUUCAACAAUCGGCUGAGAAAUUUUCCAAAUCUCUGAGGUUUGGAAACUUUUUAUUAUGUUUUGUCACAAAAUGUUCUCUGCAACUGAGCUCUCAUAGGCUGGUACUGAAUGAGGCAGUUGAGAAAACCAAUAACCUUGUGACCAAAUCAAUAUUAUCUAAAUUGGCUAGCUUUUAGCAACUCUAGUGAACGAUUCCUUUUUUCCUUUCAGCUUUAAUCAUUCGGAAAAAACUAUAAAAUCUAGUAUUCACUUUGAAAGCUGUUACUUAUAUCAAUUAGAUAAUUUUUAUAUAAUCAUAUCUGUGUGUUUUAAGACUGGAGUUUUAAGCCUUGAAGAAGACGAAAUAGCUCUAUUUUGUUCAAAGAGCUAUCUAUGCUCCUAGCUUCUCUGUGAGUGGUUAAUAUUGUUAGAAUUUUAGAUGGAUCGAACACAAAACCAAACUUGUUUUUUCGUUUUUUCAAGGAUGAGGAGAUAUAGAGAUAUAAUGUUGUAACCUUGAAAUACUAAAUGCUUGUCUAAAUUAUGGUCUGGAAAAGUAAAUCAAAUGUUGCUUUGUUGAUUUGUUC